AUGUUUACUCUUUGUUUUAAGAACCACGCCGCGCUGCCGUUGCACUCGUUUUGCGCAUUGUACCACCUGCAAACUAUCCUCUUCCCUCUGCAAGCGACAGUCCCCCCGCAACCAAUCUCUGUUCAAGACUUUUUCGAACUCGACUGGGUAAACGCUCCCGGCGCUCGUCCCGAACUUCUCUAUCUGCGCAGGGCAAACGGCACUGCUCAUGGCAAACAGCGGGUCGAAAAGAGGGGAAACUCGAGCGAGACUCACGUCGCAUUCCCCGGUGGAAGAAUGGAAGAUGGCGACGAAGAUGGACUUUAUACUGCAAUGAGGCAGACAUGGGAGGAAAUCGGCCUUGACCUCGCAGAGCGGUCUUUUACUUGCAUUGGUCAACUCGACGAUCGCGAAAUUACGACAUCGCUUGGAAAACGACUUCUAAUGGUUCUCUCGCCCUACGUCUUUCUUCAGCUCGUGCCCCAUACUCAACCUACCGACCCUCCCCCGGAAACGACGCUACACUGGACACCCUUGUCGACCCUCGUCUCAACGAGACCAGCAUGGUCGACUGUAACCGUCGACAUUUCUUCUCGUCUCGCUCCCAAGGACUCGAUCCUGCGAUCCCUCGUUCAAGUCCUUGUCGGCACAAUGAAGUUUGACGCCAUUCUCCUCAACGAGGAAGACCAACCCAAGUCAGGAUGGGGACUCGGACAGAAUGGGAACCGGAAGAAGAAGCGAGAUGGAUACAACUUCGUCACAUUGGAGCCCGCCAAUGAAAAGUAUGAUCCAUUCAAAGCGCGUCGUACACCCACAGGAGAAGAACUGCGACUUUGGGGACUUACGUUGGGCAUGACCAUGGAUCUCAUGAGCCACAUGAAGAUGCCGUUCCAGACACCGGGUAGAUUGAGCCCGGAUGCCAUUAUGAGCGGCGAGGUGGCGACCAUGGCAGCGAGUAUGACUUCUGUCUUCCCCCGGUUUUCGUAUCCGGACGUCAACUUUUGGAUCUGGGUCUUUGGAAAGAGAUAUCGGGAGAUUAUUCGUGGAUGGGAAGAGAGUAACCAGGCAGGAGCAAACGACCGAAGGAUUAACUGGACUGGAUCGGCACUGCAGGCGUUCUACGCGGCAGUAAGAAAGGCUCUAAUAGUCGUCAUUGUGUUGCGUGCCCUAGGCAUCCUCGCCGUUCUCGGUUUCAGUGGCUGGUGGCUCUUCUUCCGACCAUGA